AUGUCCAGCCGAAGAUCACGGUCUAAGAACUCCUCACCGGGAUCUUCACGAAUCAGCGAGGAUCGGAUCAACGAACUCAUCUCUCAGUUGCACCAGCUGAUUCCUGAGAUGCACAACAGCCGAUCAGAUAAGAGGUCAGCAGGUAAAGUGUUGCAGGAGACAUGUAACUACAUUAGGAGCUUGGAGAGAGAGGUGGACGACUUGAGCGAACGGCUGUCGGAAUUGUUGGCGACCACCGACGCUAAUCAUGCGGCUCUCCUUAGAAGUUUGCUUAUGCAAUAA